AUGGCCCCUACGUACACUUUGUUCCUCGGAACAUUCAUCCAUCUCCCCCGCAAACCUACUGGGGUGGAGUCAGACGCAAAAUGGAGACCCGCGCUCGAGAUCCAUCACGGCGCAUUAUGGGUUUCGAAUACCGACGGGAAGAUCGCGGGAUAUGACUGGUCUUUCUCACCAGUGGAUGGAGACGUGGAGGCGUUGACGGAGAAGUCGGGGCUGAGCGGGACAGUGACGGAGGUGAUUCGAGCAAGAGAGGAGCGGAAUGAGUUCUUCUUCCCCGGUUUUAUCG